AUGGAUUCUCAUCGGAGUCUUCUCGGCGCUCGCCAUAUUCAGAACAUGAGCGAAGCUAGCACACUGGAACCCCAUUGGGGUUAUGCAGAUCGUGCUCUUCCUUGUGUCAAAGACGCCAAAACCUGCCAAUACCUGGACCUCGUCUAUUCUGGUCACGAUUUUAGUAUGCUAUUCGUUGGUAUUUUCUGGGCCAUGGCCAUUGGUAUUUUAUUGAUCUGGGCUUUUUGCCGUAAGAUUUGGUCGUCACCGAAAGCCGAUGAGUUUUUCAUUGUGGACAAUGAAAAGACAAUUUCCUCAACAAACAAUCGACAGACGCGGGUAAAGAGGGCUGUGGCAUCUUUUUUCCGCUCGUACCUUUUGCCAGAUUCGAUACGUCUCAUCUUUGGUCGCACAACACGUUUACAGGUCACUCUUCUUGCAAUCCUGACAGCGUAUAUGAUCAUUGUUAGCUUUGCCGGCCUUAGCUACAGGAUCUGGGUCGUCGCUGUACCGGACAUGGAAGGCGUCUACACUAUCAGAACAACACUCGGCCCUUGGUCAAAUCGAAUUGGUGUCCUCGCCUACGCACUUACACCCCUCACAGUCAUGUUAGCCAGUCGCGAAUCGAUCCUGAGUCUCUUGACUGGCGUCCCUUACCAAAGCUUCAACUUCCUGCAUCGUUGGCUCGGGUACAUUAUUCUUGCCCAAGCCUUACUCCACACCAUCGGAUGGGUUGUUAUUGAAACGAAGCUCUACGCCCCGCAACCUGACGCUGCCAUGCAAUUGAUCACGGAAACUUACAUGAUCUGGGGAAUCGUCGCGACGCUGCUGGUACUACUUCUUUUUAUUCUCAGUCUGCCAAUUGUCAUCCAUCGAACAGGUUACGAAUUCUUCCGAAAGGCCCAUUAUGUACUGGCGAUGGUAUAUAUCGGUGCAUGUUAUGCGCAUUGGGACAAGCUCUCUUGUUUCCUUUACUCGUCCCUUCUUAUCUGGUUCAUCGACCGAACUCUUCGACUGAUCAGGGGUGGCUUAAUUCACUAUCAAUACAUGGAUGACGGUUCUGUCGGCUUCAAGAGUAUCCAUGCCGCCAUGAAAUAUUUCCCGGACUCUGACAACGGCGAUAUCCUCAGACUAGAUUUCAUGCACUCCCAGGAUCCAUGGAACAUUGGUCAACACUUUUAUCUCUGUUUUACUGAAUGCAGUAUUUGGCAAUCACAUCCUUUCACUCCUUUGAGUCUACCAGUGUUGAAAGAUGGGGUUGUCAGACAUUCAUACAUCCUACGCGCAAAGCAAGGUGAGACGAAGAAGCUUGCAAAGUUGGCGCAGAAAAGAAUGACUGAGGGCGUAACAUCAACCACUCCUAUUAUUCUUUCUGGAUCCUACGGAGAGUCCAUCACAGAGGGUUUGACACCAGAGACAAAUAUCUUGUGUGUCGCUGGUGGUACAGGCAUAACUUACGUUCUGCCCGUUCUGCUCAAGUCAAUUUUGCAAUCGCCAUCGUCGUUACGCAAGGUUCAAUUGAUUUGGGCUAUCAGGAAGGAGUUAGACAAGCAGUGGGUCCAAGAUGAGCUCGAAUCGAUUUACCAAGCCGUCGAUUCACACGGUAUUGAAGUGAAUGUGUAUGUUACUCGAGAGGCAGUCCUUCCUAUAGUCAUACAGAAUACCGCUCACGGAGACAAGGAAGCUGAUGUUGGCACAUCCUCAUCGGCUCCGUCUGACUCAGAUGAAGCGAGAAACGGUGUCGACAGAAACUCUAAAAACUGUCAUCCAGACUUGACGGAAAUGAUCCCCAACUUUGUGAAGGGUACUAUCAGGGGCCCUACUAUAGUGUUUGCAAGCGGACCAGGCAGUAUGAUUAGCGACUUGCGAUCUGCCGUCGCCGCUUGUAACUCUGGUGCACAAGUAUGGAAAGGUGAUGAUCGAUUCGAUGUAUCUUUAAUAUGCGAUAAUAGAUUGGAAUAG